AUGCGCUGGGAAAAACAGAGCAGCGUGUCUGAGUUCCUCCUCCUGGGGCUCCCCAUCCAUCCAAAGCAGCAGGGCCUGUUGUUCACCCUGUUUCUGGGCAUAUACCUGACCACAGUGCUGGGGAACCUGCUCAUCAUCCUGCUCAUCAGGCUGGACUCGCGCCUCCACACCCCCAUGUACUUCUUCCUCAGCCACUUGGCCUUCGCUGAUGUCUGCUUCUCAUCUGUCCCUAAGAUGCUGACGAGCAUGCACAUUAAUCUGAGGUCCAUCCCCUAUGCAGGGUGCAUUUCUCAGACAUAUUUUUUCUUAUUGUUUGUUUGUCUUGACAAUUUCCUUCUUGCAGUGAUGGCCUAUGACAGGUACGUGGCCAUCUGUCAGCCCCUCCACUACACCACCAUCAUGAGGCAGGAGCUGUGUGUCUCCUCAGUAGCUGGGUCCUGGCUCUUCUGCUGUCUCCACUCUCUGUUGCACACCCUGCUCUUGGCCCGACUAUCCUUUUGUGGUGACAAUACCAUCCCCCACUUCUUCUGUGACCUCUCUGAACUCCUAAAGAUGAGCUGCUCAGACAUCUCCCUCAAUGAGCUGUUCAUCCUCACUGAGGGAGGAACGCUCGUCAUCCUACCACUGAGUGGCACCUUGGGCUCCUAUGUCCGGAUUUGGACCACCGUCUUGAGAGACCCCUCAGCUAAGAAAUUCUUCAAAGUCCUUUCUACCUGUGGCUCCCACCUCCUCGUUAUGUCUUUAUACUAUGGGACCAAUGCAGAAGUUUACUUUUUCUCGUCCUCAUCAAUGUCCAAUAAUAGAAAAAUAAUUGCCUCUGUGAUGUAGAUAGUCACCCCCAUGCUGAACCCCUUCAUCUACAGAUUGAGAAACAAAGACAUGAAACGUGUCCUGGAAACACUUGUGAAUCGAGCUAAGUUCCUUAUGUCAAAAGACUCAAGAUGAAUAUGUUAAUAAUCACUCUCUCUGCUGACAUACACCAGCUUUCAUUACCAAACUGACUCAAUAAUUCUGACUCGCUUAACAAUUCUUGGAAUACAUGAGGCCUAGCUGCAACAUCACGAGUCUUGUGGUUGGGGAAUAGGGAGGAUGUUAACUGGCAG